AUGACCGAUAACCCGCCUCUGAGGGCCAGUCCUGCCAUCAAAGUCACGAGCGCGUGUCAGCGCUGUCGACGGCAAAAGCUAAAGUGCGACAUCCAACGGCCUUGUACCCUUUGCACCCGCGCCGGGGUCCGCUGUCUUCCCGGUUCGGCGACCCGCUGGCGACCCUAUCGGCAUCCGCAGGAUAAGCCUGCAACACCACCGGUCCGAACGCUAAACGCAAGUGCCUCGACACGCCAUGCAUGUUCGCCCCACCUCGAUCCUGACCAGCAUCCCCCCGAGGCUUCAAGUCCAGGAUCACCAUCACACCGAAGAGAUCGUGAUUGGAUAUCAAGCUCCACUAUAUCCCUUCUAGGCGGAGCAUUCAGCCUUCACAAUGUGGCCGCACCGGGGCCUCCUGCAACCAACGCACUCCCGGGAGCCCCUUUGCGUGAACCAGGAUCUGCUUCCCCCAGCAUUGAGGUUGAGACAUCUGACCUUCCCUCCUCAACUGCACUCGCGCCUUAUGAUCCGUCCUCUUCCGUUUUGGAUGUUUUGAUGUCUCUACUGCCCAACUUUGAUGCGGCCAGCCUUCUCGUAGAUACGUAUUUUGAUCGAGUGCACUGGUUCAUGUUGAUCUUCUAUCAAGAUGAGUUCCGUCAACGGUGGCCCAAAUUAUACGGUCGCUCUACUGAGAGGCCUCUGACAUACGCCCACCGUCACCUCGGCUUUCUUAGCACCUUCCUGAUCGUAAUCGCCAUCGGGCUGCAGUACGCCGGGCCUUACCGACAAGGGAUUCUCUCGAGACAUGGGGUCGACAUUAACCUAAGGGAUCGCAUCCUCUCUACUGUGAGAUCGGGGCUUCUUGACAUAAUGUCCCUCGGCUCUUUAGAGGCAGUCCAAACCUGCAUUUUACUGGGUACAUAUUAUUUAUAUCAUGGUGCUCCACGACUGGCGUGGCCGGUAUGCGGAUGUGGGCUUCGUAUCGCCCAAGCUCUACAUCUACACCGCCGACAGCACCCCGUUCAAUCGACUGAUUUCCGAACCCGCAAUGAGACUCGCAAAAGAUGCUGGUGGGCAGUGUAUGAGAUUGAAACCUUCUCUGCCGUGGCAUAUGGCUAUCCGCACAGUAUCCGUGAUGACGAUUGCGACGUAGAACCGUUAGAUCCAUCAGCCAAGCUUCAGACUAUGCAGUCUCCUGGUUCAUUCGAUGAACCUCUGAAGUCAGAUCCAACGCUACUCUCCUACAAGUACUUUAUAACCAAACUAUCUACCAUCACCAAAGGAGCCUUGGAUGAUCUGUAUCGCGUUCGCUCGCAUCCAGCUAGCCGAUCUCAUACACAUUCACCGGAUAUUCAAAGAAUCGUUCAAAAGGUCGCCGACUACGACAACCGACUCCGCCAGUGGGAAGCAGAGAUCCCUUCCCCACUCCAGUGGCGCUGUGUUGCUCACCAUUCUCAUUAUGCCUCCGCUGAAGAAGUCGAUCGCGCUAUUGGAGCCUCGGGGCCUCGCUUCGAGAAUCACAUCUAUCAACUCCAAGCUCUCGCUCUGUGGCUUGCCUAUCAGAACGCACGCAUCCUCACACAUCGUCCUCUUCUUUCCUACACGCUCGCCACUAGAGAGCGAACCAGUAAGUACAAUGAUGAGGCUGCAUAUUCAGUCAACCCAUUCAGCGCCUCUUUGAACGCCUGUCGUGAUGCAGCGCUCCGCAUGUCGGAGAUCCUAUCCAGUCCGCUAUUAGAAGUGGUUUCGGAGACCUAUGCGGCUUCAUUCGUUAGCAUUCACACAUUUACAGCAGGCGUAACCCUUGGCAUUCUCAGCAGCAUGGAUCCUCUGGGUCCACACUCUACUGAGACGAAGUCCGGGCUCCGCAAACUGAUCGGCAUUCAGGACAAGCUCCGAACACAUUCAGUCGCAGCACAGCAGGGAUUAUCCAUUCUUCAGCGGCUGGCGAAAUUGGUCAUGGAAAAAGAACUUAGUGUGAUGAUGGAAUUGUCUACCUCUACAACCACUGCGCGAUCACACGAGGCGACAAUUACGGAUUCUCCAUCAACUCAGAGAAUAUCGGGUCAGGACUCUGAUAGAUCAAUAGCUGGAAAUUAUAUUAUUGAUCCUAUUGAGGUGUCCACGGGAACCCCAGCACUCGAUAUCCCAACUGAAGAUGGCUCUGCCCAAUACAUGCACGAUCCUGCUCUAACGGCUGCCCUUCAAGAUUUCGAUCAAGCUCUGUCGAAUUAUGCUCCUCGAGUUUCAGCAGGGUCUGACAGCAGUUCGGAAAACCCGUCAUUUUGGCCCACCACGGAGGGCUUUCCGAUCCUAGAGCAGAGCUGGAUGUGGGGUCUAGAAGGUGCACCUUUAUACGGGGAAUACGCGGGUCCCAACCAGGAUAUUUAA